CCAACAUGACCGGCUCCUGCUGUGGCUCCUCCUGCUCCAGCUGUGGGGGAGGCUGCUGCCAGCCCUGCUGCUGCCAGCCCUGCUGCUGCCAGCCCUGCUGCUGCCGAGACCCCUGCUGCUGCCGCCCCUGCUGCUGCCAGACCACCGUGUGCCGCCCCGUGACCUGUGUGACCCGCUGCACACGCCCCAUCUGUGAGCCCUGCCGCCGCCCCAUCUGCUGUGACCCCUGUGGCCUGCAGGAGGGCUGCUGUCGCCCCAUCGCCUGCUGCCCCACAUCCUGCACGGCUAUUGUCUGCCGCCCCUGCUGCUGGGCCUCCACCUGCUGCCAGCCCAUCUGUGUGCAGGCGCCCUGCUGCCGGCCCCCCUGCUGCCAGCCUGCCCCCUGCCGCACCACCUGCAGGACCUGCCCCUCCUGCUGCUGCUGAAACUCUAUGGUCCCCACAGAUCAAUUCACUGAAGCCUAAGCACCUAUUCUGCAUUUUAAUCAAAUUGAAAGAAAAACAGAUUUUUCCAUAAAGUGACAAUCGUCAUUUUUAUAUCCUACCAUUUGGACACAUGAGGAGAUCUCUAUCUCCACUCUCAGCCAAAUUCCCAGUGUCCCCAUCAGCAGAAGUCACCAUGGAUGGCAAGCCCACCUUUACAAGUCCCUGUAGUGGACUUGGCAAACCCAUCCUGAACUCUGGAGGCUGCUCAAAGCCUCCCAGCAUCA